ACAAAACAAGCAAAACACACCUUUGGAAAAAGAGAAAGAAAAGCUAAGGUCCAUUUCAUAAAAAGAGAGGGAAGAAAAAUGGCAUCUCACAAUCAGAGCUAUAGAGCUGGUGAAACCAAGGGACGAGCUGAGGAGAAAACCAAUCAAGCGAUGGGUGCAAUGGGGGAGAAGGCCCGAGAAGCAAAGGAGAAAACAUACGAGACAGGGCGGGCCGCAAGGGAGAAGGCCCAUGGAGCAGCGGACUCAACAAAAGAAUGGGCCUCAGAUGCGGCCCAAACCGGGCGUGAGAAGGCCCAAGCGGGAAAAGAAACGACGGGAGGGAUUCUGGAGCAGACAGGAGAGAAAGUGAAGAGCAUGGCACAAGGAGCAGCGGAAGCAGUUAAAAGCACUUUUGGUAUGGCUCAGCAUGAUGAGGAUGUGGACAAAAGCUCUAACGCCACCACUAAUCGUAGGGUUUAAUUCGUAAACUCGGAUCCCCAACAUCCGUCCGAAAUGUAGCAGUUGUCUUUGUGUUUAUUUGGUUCAUGUUUGUCUUUGCUUUUGUUGUAAUGGUGAAGAAAAUGCUUCCUCCCUUUUUGUUGGAGAAGGUGUUUGUAUUCUGUUUUUAACUUCGAAUAAUAACAUCCUUUCAUCUCUUUAUAUA